GAAGGAGCCGGCUGGGAGCUGUGACUCUGGGGAGGGAGAUGAGGCCUUUCCCCGGUUGUUGCACCUCACAGUGCUCUCCAAUCUCGUGCGCCCCACAAUCCGUAGCGGAGGAGGGAUGAAGUCUUCGGGCCUGCGGAGGAGUCGUCGUCAUGGAAUCCGCUAAAAGAAAGCGCCGGAGAAGCCCUGGAGUGCGGCCCCUGAGAGAACGGCUCCCCGCCCCCCUCCUCAACGUGCAGCCAGUCAACGGCACACUCAAGCCCGAGGCCUCAGUGGAGGAGGUGGUGGUGAGCAGCAGGCCCCGGCGGCCUCGGUACAGCUUACUGUCCGAGAUAGGCCGCGGUAGUUACGGAGUGGUGUACGAGGCCGUGGCCCGGAAGAGUGGGGCCCGGGUGGCCGUCAAGAAGAUCCGCUGUGACGCCCCGGAGAACGUCGAGCUGGCCCUGUCCGAGUUCUGGGCCCUGACCAGCCUGCGCCGCCGGCACCCGAACGUCGUGCGCUUCGAGGAGUGCGUCCUGCAGAGGAACGGCCUGGCCCAGAAGAUGAGCCACGGCAACAAGAGCAGCCAGCUGUACCUGCGCCUGGUGGAGACCUCCCUCAAAGGGGAGCGUAUUUUGGGCUACACAGAAGAAGCUUGUUACUUGUGGUUUGUCAUGGAGUUCUGCGAAGGUGGAGACCUCAACCAGUAUGUCCUGUCCAGGCGUCCAGACCCAGCCACUAACAAAAGCUUCAUGCUGCAACUGACAAGUGCCAUUGCUUUCCUGCACAAAAACCAGAUAGUUCACCGGGACCUGAAACCAGACAAUAUUCUGAUCACAGAGCGAUCCGGUACCCCGGUGCUCAAAGUGGCUGAUUUUGGCCUCAGCAAAGUGUGCGCUGGACUUGCCUCCCGAGGGAAGGAGAGCAGCGAGGGAGGCUGCAACGAAAACAAGACGGUCAACGUCAACAAGUACUGGCUGUCGUCGGCCUGCGGCUCGGACUUUUACAUGGCUCCGGAGGUGUGGGAAGGACACUACACGGCUAAAGCUGACAUAUUUGCCCUGGGCAUCAUCAUCUGGGCCAUGAUCGAGCGGAUCACCUUUGUGGAUGCAGAGACCAAGAAGGAGCUGUUGGGAACCUACAUUAGGCAGGGCAGUGAGAUUGUCCCGGUAGGGGAGGCGCUGCUAGAGAACCCAAAGAUGGAACUUCACAUCCCACAGAAACGCAGGACUUCCAUGUCUGAGGGCAUUCGACAACUGCUUAAAGACAUGCUGGCUGCUAAUCCACAAGACCGGCCAGAUGCAUUUGAGCUGGAGACUCGGAUGGACCAAGUCACGUGUGCUGCUUGAAGCACCCUUCUGGUUUAAAGUGGGAUCAAAGCUUUUGUUCUGUUUCCCCAUGACCCGGAGACGCUGAUGUCCUCGCCUCCCCCUCAUCUGCUUGCUUGCACCUGGAUUUUUCCUGAGGCUGGACCACCUGUAAUAUGUUCUA